GAAAUUUUCAUACCUAGCAAUCUUCAGCGUUGGUGCGAAUUUUCCUACCUACUAAUCUUCUACUGUAGGUGAAUUUUCCUACUCACCAAUCUUCAGUGUAGGUGGGAAUUUUCGUAACUCCUAGUCUUCUACUGACAGACACAAUCACACAUUAUAUCACCGACGAAUUCUACAUGGACAGACGCAAUUACACAUUAUAUCACCGACGAAUUCUAUAUAGAUAAAUUUUCUUCCUCCAUUUUUCAUUCUCGUCUACAAGGUACUGUGCUUUAGAAAGUUUCAUGCAUUCAUGACUUCAUGGCUUCCUGAAAUUAGUUUCUAGUCCUGCAUUCAUGGCUUCCUCCUCAUCAUCUCCUAAACAAUAUGAUGCAUUCAUCAGCCACCGAGGGCCUGACGUCAAAGAAACCCUUGCUAAACAGCUUUAUAAACUGCUUCAGGAAAGAGAGUGCCGGGCAUUUCUAGACCGUGAAGAAAUUGAAGGCGGGGAAUCUAUUACGUCUGCCAUUGAAAAUGCCAUACGCUCAUCUGUUGUGCAAAUAGCCGUUUUUUCUAAAGGAUAUGCAGAGUCAAAGUGGUGUUUAGAGGAGCUUGUUCUUAUGUUAAAACAGACGGAUGCCCUCUUUAUUCCCGUCUUCUACGAUGUCGAGCCGUGGGAGCUACGCUACAUCGACACAGAGAAAAGGAACGAGAAGGAGUCACAGUAUACUGCAGCAUUUCGUGAUCAUAAAAGUAAAGGCAGGAAUGUUGAUGAUUUGAGUAAAUGGAAAUAUGCUCUCGCAUCUGCUGCAGACAUAUCUGGUUAUGAACGUAGCCGGCAUCAAGACAAUUUGUGUGAAGAGGUUGUGUCCCGUGUGCUGGAAGAAAUGAAGAGAAGGAAACCGUUACAUGUUGCAAAAUAUCCAGUCGUACUUGCCCUUGCUGAGCAAGUCCAAGAUUUUGAAGAUUCUUUUUCGCAGACAGUGAGAGACAAGGUUACAAUAGCAGGGAUCUUUGGUCUAGGGGGGUCUGGCAAGACCAUCCUCGCCAAAGAAUUGUUUAACGGGAAGCGUUCAGACUACAAAGCAUCAUGCUUUCUCUCUGACGUGAGAGAUAGUGAUUUGUGUUCCUUGCAAAGUCAGCUCUGUAAAGAUCUCUUUCAUGAAGAUCCGAAGUUUGACAGUAUUGAUGUAGGAAUAGCACACCUGAAGCAUCGUCUGGGAAGGGCAAGGAAUUUGCACUUUCUUAUUGUCCUCGAUGAUAUCGAUCAUCGGGACCAGUUAGAUACCCUCUUACCUGCAGCUAUGCUAAGCUCUGGUAGCCUAGUAAUUAUUACGUCCCGUAACCAAAGCGUGUUAGUGGGUGCAGAUAUUUUUUAUAGGAUGAAGAAAAUGAAAUUUGAUCAUGCUAGAACCCUCUUCUGUAGCCACGCUUUCUGCAGACCGGAUCCACCUACUUCAUAUGAGAAAUUGGUUGAAAGGUUUGUGGAAUUCUGCGGAGGUUUACCCCUCGCACUAAAAGUUUUGGGCGCCCAUGUUUAUAAGCGGGAUGAGCAUUACUGGGAGCUAGAAUUGGAAAAAGUUCAGAAAAUUCAGCCCGAGGAUAGAAUGCAAAGACUCAGGAUUAGCUUUCAUGGUCUGGACAAAGAGGAGAAACAGAUAUUCCUUGAUAUUGCUUGUCUUUUCAAUAAGAAAUAUAUAAGGAAUUUGAAAAGUAACGCUAUAACAAUCUGGAAGGCAUCUGGCUGGAGCGCUGAGCAUGCAGUUCAAACCCUGCAAGAUAGAUGCCUACUAGAAGUGAGCGGUAGAGACGACUACCAGUAUUUUGAGAUGCACGAUCACCUGCGCGAUUUGGGAAGACAAAUAGCAGAUGCAGAUGAGUUGAGGCCCCGCCUGUGGCGACCAGAACUCCUGAGAUCUAUGGAAGCAAAAGGAUUUCAACGAAUCCUCGCAGAAACAAAUGCCGGCAGGUGCUUCCAUUCAUUCCGGGAUUCGUCUCUUGGAAUGAGCAUUAGAAUUUUUAUAGCUGGGACUGAUCUCCUGUGGCUUGAAAUGAAUGAGUGUGGUAAACCAUUUAUGAACAUUCCAUCCUGGAUUCCUCUACUGAAAUUGCACUUGUUACGUAUUGAGGGAGUGCAAGAAUUGUGGAGCACAUUUCAGCAACAGUUGCAGACCGAUAACCAGGCCACUUUCCAAUUGAGAAGGUUAUCCAUUUGGUACUGUCCUUUAUUGCAAAAGCUUCCGGAUUUAAUAGAAAUGUUCACUGAAUUGGAAGAACUGCAUAUAUGUUUAAGUAUAUAUGACAGAUCCUUGGUCCAAUCACUUGGACGACUUAGUAAGCUUAGAUCAUUGAGCUUGGUGUGUAUGGACUUCGACUUCAGUGAGAAGGUGCACCUGGAUAGCCUUGAAACCAUACACCUUACUUCUCUUCCUAACACAUCCAAGUUGGUAAUCAGUGGAGAGAUGUGUCCCAGACUUCGAACGCUUACAGUUUCCCAGCUGGAAGUUCUAAAAGAAAUGGAAUUAAAGCAUACACUGAGAGUGGACAGCUGUGGUAAUUUGAAAUCGUUGCCUCGUCUGGAGACAAUCCAGAUCACAGGAUGUCCUCAGCUGCAGAGUGUCGAAGGGAUGGAAGAGUUGCCAGGAUUGAAAAGUCUGCUAAUUGAAAUGCCCGAGGAUGGAUAUUUUGCAUGGGUACGAAAUUACAUAUGUGAACUGAGGAGACUGUCGAUAAAGAAAAUCAUUUUGGCACAGAAGUCAAUGGAUACAGCAUCGUCCGAAUUGAAUGCAAAUUUCUUUUCUAAGGUGAUCGGCGCCCAAGCAGUAACUGAGAUAGAGAGAGGACAGUAUACAAGAGGAGAGUAUGGACUGAAGAUGGAAAGCUCAUCGAGUGCAAUCACUAUAGUUUGUGUAUUGGUCAUAGGUUUAUGCACUUUUAUAGGUGGGAUUGAUGGUGUUGCUAGUAGGAUUAUUGGUGUUGUGGAUGUUGCUAUUGGGAGCAUCGGUGUUGUUGGUACAAUUGGUACUACUGCUGUUACUGAUGGAAUGAUCAAUGUUGUUGAUGUUGCUAUUGCUACAGAUGGGACUAUUGUUGUUGUGGGUAUUGUUGCUAGUUCUAAUGCUGCUAUUUUCAGUUUCAUAGGUGCAGUUGGUACAAUUGUUUGGAAUAUCGGUGUUGUUGGUGUUGCUACUGAGAUUAUUGGUGUUGUUGAUGCUACUGAUGUGAUUAAUGUCGAUGAUGGGAUCAUCGGUGUUGUUGGUAUUGCUAGGGUGAUCGCUACUACUUAUUUGAUGAUCAAUUUUGUUGGUGUGGAUGGUGUUGUUGGUGUCGUAGAUGUAAUUAAGGAUGGCCUCCUUGGAGUAACUGUUUGA